AUGGCGUUGUUGGGAGAGUGUCAGAGGGCUCCUUUUACUUUCGUCUUCUUGUAUUUGAGUGAGUGAGUGUGUGUCUUGGUUUCUUGGUCUCCUUUGUUGGCUGUACUGGGUUUCCUUUUGUUCCUGAGUGAGUGUGUCUCUUGGUUUCUUGGUCGCCUUUGUUGGUUGUACUGGGUUUCCUUUUGCUUGAGUGAGUGUGUCUUGCUUCCCUUAGUCGUCGGUGGCUAGGGAAUUUUCUUUGCUUGAGUGAGUGUGUCUUGGGUUUCUUGGUCGCCUUUGUUGGUUGUACUGGGUUUCCUUUUGCUUGAGUGAGUGUGUCUAUGGGUUCUUGGUCGCCUUCGUUGGUUGUACUUGGUCUCCUUCUUGUUUGAGAGAGUGUGUCUCGGGACUGUUGGUGUCCGUUUUAGUUUAUCGCCAGUUUAGUUUCAGUUUAGUUUUUAGUUUCCUCCUUUUGGAGUGGUUCUGAGUGUGUGUGUCUUUAGUUUUAGUUAUUGUUUUUAGGGAGUGCCCGCGUCUUUUAACUUGUUCUUUAGUCCUGUAGAUGUUUGUCCUGUAGAUGUUUGUCUUGUACUGUGUAUGUAGGGGCGGGGGUUCAAUUCCCCCAGUCAGUUUCUGUGCUGGUGCACUGCCCCGUUUGAUGUGUGUUUGGUACUAGACGUUAAGUCUGGCGGCAUUGCACUACCCUACUGGGGGCCGGCCAUUCACCUCAAAUACAAAAAAACUUACCUGACGCUCGCGACGCGCUCCUAAUACCAUUUUUGGUGUAGGUUCGCUCGCUUGUGGUAAGUGUUGCUGUGUUUUCCUGGUGCGUGUUCUUCCCUUCGUGGAUACCGCCUCUCGACUUUGCAGUUUUUGGUGGCCUUCGCCUUGCAGUGGUAGUUUGGCUCCUUGGUUCACGGAUCGGUUUUUGUAAGUUUUUACUCUUUUUUGUAUUAUAGUUGGGUUGCCCCCCCGGUUCCGCUUUUAGCGGGCUUCGGUCCCCCCGUCCCUUGUUGGGCGUUGCCCAUAAGGGUUUUUUUUGGGUCUCUCUCUUUUUUGGUUUGGUUGGGCUUUUUGGUCGCCCUUCUCCUUUUUUCCCCCGCCCGUCAGGGCUUUACUUUUUUGGUUCGGUAUUGUUAUGUCUCGUGCGCGCACUUUUCCGUGCACUGUCUCUGUUGAUGUUUCGGGCCUUGCGGCUCAGGGCUCGUCCCGCCCGGAUGUUGUUUCGGCCAUUGUCGAUCAGUUUGGGACUAUGCCAAUCGCGGCUGUUCAGUUUUUUGGCACAGAAGCCAAGGUUACUUUUGAGCGACAAGAACAUAAACAUAGUGUUAUGCAGCACCAAUCUGUUUGUAUUAGGGGGGUGGAUUGUGACAUUCGUGGUGGGGGUCCUCGCCCUCAAAAUGUUCUCAUUUAUAAUUUCCCUUUUGAAAUUGGGCAUGAUGUUGUCAAGGCUGCACUAAGUUUUUUUGGAGAUGUUGAGUACGUUCGGUUCCGUCACUGGAUCAACCUUACUGAUGUUUGUGACGGUGUCCGCACGGUGAGGAUGGUCCGUACUCGGGCUAUCCCCCGUAACUUGAUUAUCGAUGGCUUCCCGGUGAAGGUUUCCUAUGUGGGCCAAGAGCCCGAGUGUGACAUCUGUGGGAAGAAAGGGCACAUCGCACGAUCUUGUGAUAUGCGGGGAAAAUGUAUGGAGUGCAAACAGCCUGGGCAUUUCCAGCAAAAUUGCCCGGUGCAUCGUCGUCGUCUUGCCAAUCCUGAUCUUGACCUCCCCGAGGUUAGCGAGUCUGUCGUUUCUGUUCCCGGUAUGCCUGAGUCUGCCUCUGCCAGGGCUGCCACUGUUGCUGUUGAUUCUGCCCCUGCGGGCCUUCCGGCUGAGAUCCCAGAUGGUGCCGGCUCUUCGGAGGUGGGGGAUGCCUCCUCCCAGGCUGUUAGUCAGUCGAUUCUGGCUGGUGUUUCCGCUCCCUGUGAUCUGAGUGAGUCUGUUGACUCCCGUGAUAACCAAUUAGAUGAGCUUGUUUCUCUGGGGUCCAUUGGCGCUGGCACAAAUUGUUCUGACUCCUUGUUUGGAGCGGUUGUUACUACCCCAAAUUCAAAUUUGUCUGGGGACCACCCUCCAAAUUCUAAUUUGUCUGUAGUUAAUGUCAAUAAAUCUAGUGAUAAUGCUAUUAGUAAUGACAUAGUUAAUAGUGGCAAUAGUGGUAUUAGUAACGACAUAGUUAAUAGUGAAUCAAGUAAGAGUGGCAAUAGUGGCAUUAGUAAUGACAUAGUUAAUAGUGAAUCAAAUAUGAAUGAUGAUAGUAAUGUUAGUGAUAUGCAAAGCAAUAAUGACUUUAGUUCUGUAGAUAAUGAUGAAGUUAACGAAAAUGUCUAUGAAACUAGUAGUGAGGGUUUGUUAUCUGAUGAGGACUCUGGUGAUAAUGAUAGUGAUGAUGAGGAUGAACCUGGUGUUAAUGUUCCUAGUGUUAAUAUUGUCAGUCCUGGCUCUAGCCUGUCUGGCCUCUCUGGCUUGUCGGGUAGUCGGCCUCCUCAGUCUAGAUUGCCUGUUGCUGUGGGCAAAGGCUCUAGCACUACCAUCAGCUCCAAAAUUCCUAAGGUUCUGGGCGCAGGGGUUCGUAAGGCCAGUAGCUCCCGCCCUGCUGGUCUUAGUUUGGGUAUGCCUAAAGCUGCUGAGGAUUGGGGUGAGUUGUCUCAACGCCGCAGAUGAGAUGGCGCUGUCUAUAAUUACUAUUAACGUUAAUGGGUUGCGGGAUGCUGGUAAACGUGCGGGUGUAGUGCAGUGGCUCCAGGCUCUGCCUUCUCCUAUUGACAUUGUGUGUUUGCAAGAGGUCCAUUGCACGUCGGUUGAGGAGUGCACUAGGUGGUUUUCCUCCUCUGGCCUCUUUUGUGUUGUGUCCUCGGGUUCCGUGCACUCAUUGGUUGUGUAGUCUUGUACCGCCCUCGCUUGUCUCUUGUUGGUUCUUGGUCUGAUGCUGAUGGUCGUUUUGUACAGUGUGAGUUCUCUUUUCAGGCUAAGCUCUUUCGGGUCGCGUGUAUUUAUGCGCCUAACCGAAAUCCUGCUCGGGACACUUUCUUUCGGAUGUGGAGGGGCGUGUUGAUCCCUCAGUCCCUACCUUGCUCUGCGGUGAUUUUAACGCUGUUUUUGAUCGCCUUUUGGACCGAGUUGGCUCGGACCCUUUCGAUACUGCUCGUGAGAGCUCAGUUGCGCUUUCACGUCUCUUUUCGUUCUGUUGUGUUCUUGACAUCUGGCGCUACCUACAUCUGUCUUCCAACAGUUUCACCUGGUCGAGAUGGAACGGCCUUGUUUCCUGUCGUAUUGAUCUUUUUGGGGUUCCUUUCUCUUGGGUUUCUGCUGUCUCUGCCUGUGAUAUUCUUCCUUUCCCGUUUUCUGACCACUGUGCGGUUCACCUGGCUGUUCUGGAUGAACCGGAGUAUGUUACCUUAA